AGAUAAAAUACACCUUGUCUUUAUAAAAAAUACAUAUUCGUUUAUUAGUCCUUUAUCAGAAUAUUUUAUUUCUUGUUAAUAAUUAUUAGAUUAUGUAGUAAAUAAUUCAGAUUUAUUGCUUCAGUGAUGACGACUACCUAAUUUUUCACUGUUUAUAUUAAACAUAUCACAGUAAGAGAGUAUUAAUGGUGAUAUUUCAUCUUUAAGAUGUUUUUCUUAAGCUGUGUUCGUGUGUGUGUGUGUGUGUGUGUGUGUGUGUGUGUGUGUGUCUGUAACAGCCCACAGACACGCGAUCAUGAAGUAGGAGGAGAGAGAGAGAGAGAGAGAGAGAGAGAGUCUCUGAGGUCCGCAUCGCUCCUCUCGCGCUCCGCUGAUGGACUCGUGAUGAUGAAGAAGAUGCAGAUGAUGAUGAAGGCUCAGGGAUGAAGAGGAUGUUCAGUGCUCGGAAUCACAGCAUCAGCGCUGCUUGUAUCGGAUGAACCGGAUCGAUGUGUUUGAUCGGAUAUGAAAUGAAUGAUGAAUGUGUUCAGAGAUCUGCGCUGAUUGAUUCAAACCCGCUUCUUCAUCAUGGAUCCGAAUCUUCUCUCACUCUUCAAACUUUCUCUGAUCUUCGGGACGGACUGACAGCCCUGCUGAACACCAGAUCCAUUCACACGCUGCCGCAGGCUGCUUUAGAUGCUGGAAUAACACUGACACACGCUUUUCGCCAGAACAAAAGUGCUGCUCAACUCGCAUGAUGACUCUGGGGAAACUGGUGAAUAUGCUGAUGACGAGAGGUUUAUCAGACGCAGACGGUGCUGAUCUGUCGUUCACGCAGCGGCCGCAGCUCCUGCCGUGCAAUCAGACGGUCCUGCUGCUGGAGAUGGAGAGAUGCGGCGAACGAUUCAGCAGCGACAUGAAUCACAUCCAUCCAGACGAUAGAUGCAACCUCACGCACUUCAUCAGAGAGUAUCACGUCUUCUCCUUCUGCACGGAGAUGAACGCCGUGCGCAUCGGCUGCUUCUGGCCGAACCCGGCGGUGGAGCGCUUCAUCAUCAGCAUCCACAAGCACUUCUUCUCCAACUGCAGCCUGGAGCGCGUGCCGUUAAUCGACCCGCCGGACGACACGCUCAUACUCCUCAUCGUCAUCCCCGUCUUCCUCACGCUGGCCAUGGUGGCGCUGGUGGUCUGGUGCAGCAAGCGGGGCGACAUUCUGGCCUAGCGUUUGAUGAAGAACACGGUCAGACGGACAGAAGCAUCCUCCAGAUCUCACUGAAGAGCUGAACUCAUGAUGUUCUCCGAGGGUUUUAUUUCUCGUCUCGCUGCGGUCACUGACGCUGAAUUACAGGUUUUUUCAGCUGCUUACACACAUUUUCAAAACUUCACUCACAAAUCCACACAAAAUGCAGAGAACUGUGUGUUUUAUGAAAUUGAAAAGUCUGAGAAUUAGUGAGAUUUGGUGUGUGUUUCUGCUGUUUGAGUGACAGCUUUCAGAAACUGUGUGACAAGGAAAGAUUCUGUGUGGAAGCAGCUGAAAAACUGUAAUUCAGUGCUAAUCGAGAUCUGUCAGGACCUCUGGACGGACUACAUGAAUCAUGUGCUGUACAGCUAUUAUUUAAUGUUUUAAUUAAAUAACGUAGAUUUAGAGCAUUUGUCAAACUCACACCGCCGUGUUUGUGGUUUUUGUUGGGUCUCUCAUCGCUCAGUCUGACCGUUCGUUAUCAUCUCGUCACGCAUCGCCGGCUCAUUUAUUCAGUGACUUUAGCUUGUGUUUUCUUCUCUGACUUGCAGGAAAAUCCUGAAAUGAUCAACGUGUUCUUGCGAAGCACAAACGACUGUUUUGAUUGAUUCAGACUGAAGCGGGACAUGUGAAUGUGUUCAGAAUCCGGCGAGGGUUGUUUUAGGAUGACGGUAUUAUUUAUAUGAGAAGGAAAGCCGUGUAUUGUGUGCGACUUAAGGACACAAACAAAAGACAAUAGUUGCUCUCAAACGUCUCGCCUCGUAUUCUCCAGUCGAGCCAGAGCCGCUCGCGCCGCAGGAAGGAUAUAAAAGCCUUUCCCAGCGCGGCCGAUGAAUGAGAGGAAAUGGGCUGGUUAUGAUUUUCACCAAAAGAGCUACAGGAACCGCUGCCAUUUUCCCCAAACGUGUGUGUUAUGAUGAUGAUCGUCUGAAGGCUUCGUCUUCAUCUCUCGUCAAUCUGCAGCAUUUCUUCUUCUCCUGUGCAGAACAGCAGCCUACAUUUAUGAUUUCUGUAUUUGAACUGCAUAAAAAAUAUUCCAUCGAUUUGGGUUUCACAGUUCUAACAUAAACUAAUAAACUUAAAGUAAUGCAUAUUUGUCAGUCAUUCAUCAAUGGUCAAGUCAGAUUUCUGCACUCAAGAAAUCAUUGACUAUUUGCAUCUACUUAUCUAAUCUUAUCUAAUCUACCUUAGAUUCGGUUUAAAUCUGUUCAUUGUGAAAAUAAACCAAUAAAUUCAGUUUAAAAGCAUGAAGAUGUGACUAACUGUAAAUUGAGCGAUUCGUGAACUGAAACAAACUUUAUUUAUGAAUGAUAAAUCUAUAAAGCUGGUUAUUGUGGAUUUAAAGUAUUUAAAGUUUAUUAACACUAUUACAGAAAUCUGACCUGUUUCAUUGCUGUACGACUGACAAAUAUGAAUCACUUUAAGUUUAUUAGUUUAAAACUGUGUAAUCCAAAUGGAUGGAAACGUGAUAUGCAAUUCAGAUACAUAAAUCUGUGUUUGUCUGUUCUGAGUGUAUUACUGGAAGUCUCCUUGAGUCGAUGGAGAGGGUUUUUAGCGCCUCCAGCGCUCACUUCCUGUUUAUUUUAGAAAUCCCACACUACUAAGUGCAAGUUCACGCAGAAGCACAACAGAGCUAAUUUUAACUGGACUCACAGAUUUCCGUCGUUUGGAGCGUUUCUUCAUCUGGAACGCAGAAUCACUCAGAGCUUCUUUCCUGCUGAAAUCAUGACUUAUACGUUCAUAUCCGACAGUCAGAAACAUACAAACACUGCUUCAGCAGAAGUGUUUCUGUUUAUCUGUCAAUUAAUAAAUGAUUUGAUUUA